CCCAAAACGACCAUUCGCUAUUCGCCCUUUCCCCCAUUAAGCACCAGGACCAUCGGCGGCGCGAUUUCAAACCAAAUCCCUCCUCCUGAAACCUUUUCACCAUCGUCGCUCCUCGCGAAUCCCUCGCCGCCAGAACCCUAGGAAGCUUCUAGAACCCCUGCGAGGCCUGCGAGAUGAUUCUCCGGACUCCACCGCAGCGGAAGCGGCGGGCCGGCUCCGACGCCGACCUCGACGCCGACCUCGACCUGGACCUCGCCGCCGCCGUCGCCGUCGCCACCGGACGGACCCCCGUCUCCGACCGCCGCCUCGUGCCCUACGGCCGCCCCACGGCCCUCGUCUCCGCGUCCGGCCCCGAGGAGCCCUCCGGCGACAUGGUCUGCACGUACCACUGCCGUCAGAUGGUGAAAUCGGAGUUCGUGGUGGCACUGGACACUGCAGAGAAGGCGGUUCAGGAGUAUCGAGUAAUGCUUGACACAUUGGAGAAACAGUUAUCCAAGAGUGAGGAUGAAAGGAAUACAUAUCAUGAUAAACUGAACUAUGUUGAACAAGACCUAGCAGCAACAAAAGGGCGGGAGAGUGCAUUGCAAGAACGAUUAUUGAAGGAGCUGGGCGAGUAUCAGGAGCGAUACCGACAGCAAGUCAAGAAGAUAGGGGAACUUGAGGUUAAACUCAAUAAAGAGAUUGAUUCUCGAAUUAGCGCCGAAUCAUCUUCAGCAUCUGCAAAGGAGACGGUUAAGGAGUUGGAACGGGCUAUGCAGCGGUCAUCAGAAAAUUUAGAAAGGGAGAAGAAAGCCCUUCAGAAGGAACUUUCAUAUAUGCAAGAUGACUCAAAACUAUCCAUCUCUAAACUUAAUGCUGAGCUUGAAAGAAUGAGCCUCAGGGCGCAAAACUCUGAGAAGGAAGCAAAGAUGUUAAAUGAGCAGUUGGAGGACAUGAAAAAACAAUUAAAUGAGUGUCUUCGUGAAAAGAACGAAACCGAGCUCAGACUACUGGAUUCUACUCCUUUUUCUGUUCAGCGUAAUCCAACAGAUGAUCAGAAGUUAAUAAAACUUCUGCAAGAGGAGCUCCGCAACUAUGAAAAAGAAGUGCAUGAAGCUAGAAGAUUAAAAUCUUCCUACACAAAUUUUGAGCUGCUAAGUGAAAAGCUGUUGGAGGAGCAGAGUCGAAGGAAACGAGCCGAAACAGAACUAUCUAAGCUGCAAGAAAUCGAAGCUAAAGCACAGAAGUUGGAGCUGGAAUUAGCGUCAUGUACAUCAUUACUUGGCAACAUGCCUGAUGUGUCUUCUUACAGCAACAUUGCAGAUUUGCAAAGGCAAGCAUUGACAGACUUGAAUAAAUUGGGUGAAGUAACAUCACGGUUGAAAGAAUUGGAGGUUACGUUGGAAUUUGCUGAGAUCAGCAAGCAACGUGCAGAAGGUGAAGCCACCUUUGCCAAAGAGAGAGCUGAAAGUGCUAGCAGGGAGGUCAAGCGGCUUGAACUUCUGCUUACUGCAGUGAGUGAAGAAAGAGAUAGAUUACGAAAAGAUCAUAAUAUGUUAUCUAACCAAAAAACUAGGGAUGGAGAUGACAUGUCAUCCAAGAAAAUGGAGUCAGAAUUAUCUCAAAUGGAAAAGGUAGUAAGAGAACUAGAUAACACUCUACACGAGCAGAGAGAACUAAUUAGUCAACAACACGCGGAGCUCAAUCUAAUGAAUGAGAAAUUGAGCAUUGAAGCAAGAAAAGCAAAAUCAUUGGAGCGAGAGGGAGAUCAACUGCGUUCUCAGGUGGCAUUACUUGAGUCUAAGCUGGGUCAUGGGGAUUACUCUGCCUCAAGCACAAAAGUACUUCGUAUGGUGAAUACGCUUGCAAUGGACAGUGAAGCAAAGGAGACAAUAGAAGCACUGCAAGCUGAGUUAAAGAAAACGAAAGAGAGGCUGCAGGCAAUCGAAGAACUAAAAGGGCAAGCUGAUGCUGGAACUGUGGUAGAUGCAAAUGUUGCUGAAAAGCUAGCACAGCUUAAAAAUCAAGUUGCCACACUAGAGAAACGUGAAGAAAGAUACAAGGCAGUGUUUCUGGAGAGGAUCUCAGUCUUCCGAAAGGCUUGUUGCUCGCUUUUUGGUUAUCAGAUAGUGAUGAAUGAUGAGCAGCAGCCAAAUGGGAUCCAUGUAACACGAUUUACUCUGCAAUCAGUAUAUGCCCAAACCGAUGAUGAAAAACUCGAGUUUCUCUAUGAAUCAGGAAGCACCAAUAUAGUGGUCAAUGGCUACACUUCUCAACAUGAGAUUGCUCAGCAGGUCGAUGUUUUCAUAAGAAAGAUGAAAUCCAUCCCAGCCUUCACUGCUAACCUGACAAUGGAAUCCUUCAACAAGAGAAGUAUAUGCUAAGGGCCAAAAUGAGUGAGAAAUCAUAUUCCUCUAUUUUAUUGUAGCAUGCCCGCCAAAUCGCAACGUAUUGGCAGUUAACAGAAUGUGCUCAUGAAACCUAUCCAGCAGAUGAACAAGUGGAGUGAAAGGCUGGUGCUGAGUAUGGUACUAUCAGAUGGAUGCCAUUUUAGUUCCAACAAUGUAAAUAUGAGCGCAUACAUUGUAACCGAGAGCCGAAACCUGCGAGUUUUGUGAACUAGCGACCUUGAUAAUAUCAUAUCUUUUGUGUGGGGAGAAA